UAUCGUCAGUUGAUUGCUUCAUCGAUCUAUUUAAUUCAGUCUCUAAGCUUCCGUAGUCUUAUUGUAUACUCCUUUGACCUCUUGAUUUAUCCAUUUUAUUUUUUGUUUCCGCCGAAAAAAAAUUGAAAAACCAAAACUAAACCUUGAAAUUUCGCAUUUGGAUUCCUCAAAAUCUGGGUAAGGAGAUAACCCAGGCACAAUGGCUAAAAGCAGCUUUAAGAUCGAGCAUGACUUUGAGAAAAGACGCGCAGAGGCGGCAAGAAUUAGGGCAAAAUACCCUGAUAGAAUUCCAGUGAUCGUGGAGAAGACAAAGGGAAAUGACAUUCCCAACAUCGACAAGAAGAAAUACUUGGUUCCAGCUGACUUAACAGUGGGUCAGUUUGUCUAUGUUAUUCGGAAGAGAAUCAAACUGAGCGCCGAAAGGGCUAUCUUUUUAUUUGUGGACAAUGUCCUCCCUCCAACUGGAGCAAUUAUGUCAACCAUCUAUGAUGAAAAGAAGGAUGAAGAUGGGUUUCUGUAUGUUACAUACAGUGGGGAAAAUACAUUUGGUUAGUAACAUCAUGCAACGACCUUAACUAAUCUCAAUUUAAUACGGUCUCUUGCUUUAAAUAAUGAAUAAGCAUGGCAUCGUUGCAUGGUAUAUAGAACCUUUGUGUAUUUACUUGUAUAGUUCAUUUGUACACAGCUUCUAAGCAACUAAAAUUUCAGACCAAUGAGCAAUUUAAAAUUCAUUCAGUUGUGUU